AUGGCUUCAGAAUGGACUCACGCAGUUCGUUUCAUUGCUGAGGAGGAUGGUGAAGCUCAUCUCGGCCAAGUUGACCCUACCAAAUGGCAGGACGUCGGCCUUGCCGUGUCACGCGGACAGAGAGUCGACGUCAAUCUCAUAUCGGGGUCUCUCUUUAACGGGCAGAUCACAGACACUGUUCUGCACAUUGCGCUGCUUCUCUCUCCAAUUGCCCCAGAAGAGGUCCCUAUUAUUCGAGGCAUUGGGUUAAACUAUUACGGCCACGCAAAGGAAGCAGAUUUGCCCAUCCCGGACGAGCCUAUGUUGUUCAUCAAGCCUCGGACUGCCUUGAUAGGGCCAUCACCUUCCUUAAUCAAGAUACCACCGUUCGUACAAGACGGCACAAGUGACUACGAAGCCGAGCUCGCUGUAGUUCUCUCUGAAUCGGGACGGGACAUACCGGAGGCGUCUGCUUUGGAUUAUGUUCUCGGCUAUGUGUGCAGCAACGAUGUUAGUUCACGUCGACAGCAGUUUAAAGACAGCCAAGUGUCAUUCUCUAAGGGGUUAGAUAGCUCCUGUCCCUUGGGACCUGUUCUUGUCUCCAAACGGGCGAUGACAAACCCCGACAGCCUCCGCGUCAGGGCUUUGUAUAAUGGAGAGGUUGUUCAGGACUUCAACACAAGGUAUGAGUAA